AUGUCUCAGCGCAAGGCGAGGAUCGCCGUGCUCGGCGCCGGCUGGUGGAGCCAGGGCUGGCACCUGCCGCACCUCUCGCGCCACUCCGAGGCUGAGAUCGUGGCGAUCGUCGAGCCAAACCCGCACCCGCGCUCGGCGAUCAACGAGCUAGAGAGCACCGCAGCGCUCGGAGAGCGUUACGGCUGCCCCGUCUUCAGCUCGCUCGCCGACGCGCUCGCGUCUCCGCUCCGGCUGGAUGGCUUGCUCGUCUGCACGUCGCACGCUUCUCACUUUGAGCUCGGAAUCGCCGGGCUGCGGGCGGGCCUGCACGGCCUCGCCUUCCUGAUCAACAACACGGCAAACUACCGCGCGCAGAGCCGGGCGGCGGCGGCGCUGGUCCGGGAGCGGCGGCGGGUCGGGCGGGUGCAGCACGUCCAGUGCUGCAUGCACAGCGCGCUGCUGUGGCUCUUCGACGACCCGAGCAACGAGGGGUGGACGCGCAGCACGGGCAGAAUGAGCGGCAACGGCUUCGGGUGGGGCCAGCUCUCUCACCUGCUCGCCUUUGUCUUUCACGCGGCGGGUGGCCAGCUGGGGAAGUACGUGUCGGCGCGCUUCUUCGGCGAUGAGGCGCCGCCCGAUACCGCACCACCCUCCGGACUGAACCCACAUUGGAUUCGAGACUCUGGAGGUAUGGUGUGGUACCAGGGGAUGGCGGUGUACGAGGGGCUCUCGAGGAGGGCGGGCGGCCUCGACGCGGACGACGAGGCGGCUGGCUCGGCUCGGCGGGCGGGCACCGGCCCGGAGAGCCUCUGCUCCUUUGUCGACGCCUGCCUUGGCAGGGAGCACUACGUCGGCGCGGGCGCAGAGGUGGGGCUCGCCGUCGUGAGGGCGAUCGACGCCAUGUACCGCUCCGCGCGGUCGGGCAGGCUGGAGGCAUGUGCGCCGGGCGAAGGGGCGGGGAUAGUGGGAGUCUUUGGCGUCGAGGCCGACAAGUGGGUGUGA